GCGCUGCGCUCGUGUGUGUGCGAGGAGUGGCUGCGAUCUGUCAUUGUUCAUGUAGUUUUUUCUGUGAUAAGAAUUACUGUGAAAUUAAUAGUUUAGCGAACUAACUAAUUUAUAAAUUCACGAUGUCUGCGUCGGGUGAAUUUGGUAAUCCCUUGCGCAAGUUCAAGCUCGUAUUCCUCGGGGAACAGAGCGUGGGAAAGACGUCGCUCAUCACUAGGUUCAUGUAUGAUAGCUUCGACAACACUUAUCAGGCAACAAUCGGCAUCGACUUCCUGUCGAAGACCAUGUACCUGGAGGACCGCACGGUGCGGCUGCAGCUGUGGGACACGGCGGGCCAGGAGCGGUUCCGGUCGCUCAUACCUUCCUACAUUCGCGACUCCACCGUCGCUGUCGUCGUCUACGAUAUUACUAAUGCAAACUCCUUUCACCAGACGUCGAAAUGGAUCGAUGACGUGCGCACGGAGCGCGGGUCUGACGUCAUCAUCAUGCUGGUGGGCAACAAGACGGACUUGUCAGACAAGAGGCAGGUCUCCACCGAGGAUGGCGACCGCAAGGCCAAGGAGCUCAACGUCAUGUUUAUAGAGACCAGCGCUAAGGCCGGCUAUAAUGUUAAACAGUUAUUCCGACGAGUAGCGGCUGCGUUGCCCGGUAUGGAUUCAGCGGAAAGCAAGCCUCCUGAAGACAUGCAAGAGGUGAUCCUGAGACAAGCCCCCGGAGACAACAAGGAACCGGACGGCGGAUGCGCGUGCUAAUCCACCUCCUGAACCUACCGCUUUGUCGUCCUAGGCAGCAUAUUAGGCGUCCUAGACCGAAUGUUGGGUGUCCUAGAUAGAUGGUUGGUCGUAGAUAACAUUGACCGAGUUUGUCGUCCUAAAAAGUAUAUUCUUUAUUGUCCUAGACGUUAUAAACCUCCUUUGACGUCCUAGAAGUUAUAUACUUCGUUGUUCUAUAUAUAUUUUCUACAUUUGUAGAAUAUGACCAACAUAUUGUUUUGGACUAUAAAUAUACCUUCUAGGACGACUAAGUGGGUAUAUUGUCAAGAACCACAAAGAAUAUACGAUGGAAAGGUCCACUGUAUUGGACGAAACAUAACUUGGAGAAGACUACAAACACAGGAAAUGGGCAGAAUGGACUGAAAUAUUCUAAAUAGGACAACAAAGCGUGGUGCCGUAGUACCCUGAUGAUUGUGCUAUGUGCUUUUGUGUGUGUCUACCGUGAUAUUAGAUUUUAACAUACGCCACUUCAAGUUGUUGCUUUGACUUUGUCUGUCUCGCUUACACACACGGGAGAUGUAAUAUGCGAGCGAGACGGCUAGUGUCCCAGUAGUUCCGGAUGCAAAUGCUGUCAGCACUGUUUCAAAUUAAGUUUUAUAAUAACGUUGUAAGUUUGAAAGUGGCUUGUUGAGUAAAUGUUGACUUGAGGCAUUUAGACACAAAAGCACGGUUAUAUAUAGAGCCCUAUAGAGUGAUCUCGAAAAUUUGAAUGGAAUUACUUUAUUCUAAAUUUAACUUUAUGACCGCCGAAAGGGGUGUCGAUUCGGGCUAUCACCAGCUUAAUUUUAAUUUUAUUUGAGAGCACUAAAAUUAUCUGCUUCACUUUCUUGCACGUAUUGUAAGUGAAGGACGGCAGUAGUUUUAAGAGCUAUAAAACUAAAAUUAGGUUAAGUUUGUGUCCGCCCGAAUAGGCACCAUUGGCUACAUUUCGUACUUUAUAUAUCGAACAAAGCUGUCAAUUCCUAACAACUUAAUACUAAAUUUAUAAUAUAUACAUAUAUAACAUAAAGUUCGGAUUUUCGAGAACAGACUUAUAUUUCGCAUAUAAUAUCGUGUAAGAUAGGAGGUAAAUCUAAGCUGAAUUAACGUUUUAAGUCGAGCAAGACUGACAUUUUGUUGUGCCCGAAUUCGAUCGAGAAAAAUACUGAUUAUUAUGAAAAAAUAUCAACAAUUUUAUAUCAUUUUUAUUUUCAUUAUAUAAACAAUAUUAAAAAUAACGUUUAAUUCGGUGCUCAAUUUCUUUUAAAACCAGCCAGUGUCGUGAAUUUAACGGACAUAGGAACGGGGAAAAAGGCCUCAUCGAAGAAAUUCAUCUAAAAAAGCAAUAUGUGCGCAAUGCAAACAACUGUCAAAUAGCAAUAUUGCUAUUUUAGAUUUUUCCUUUGAUGUGACCUUUUUAACCCCCCAGACGAUGAACAUCUGUCUCUUUUUCUUAGUCUGUUGGAAAGCAUAACGAAAAGGACACCAAAUCGAUACCUUAGGGCAAGGUCUGGAUUCUAAUGUUAAUAAUUGCGCCAAGCGUAGUUAACGUAGACAAGUUAGAAGUUGUGAGCUGCUCUGUGUUGUAUAUAGCACGCGGUCGGGGUGGUUCCAUACUUUGCAACUGUUAGACCACUUUAACAUGGUAUAACUUGUAAAUUGAAUAGCUUUUGGAUAAAUAAAUAGAGUCACUGUGGUCCUGUGGUACGGCAUUACGAGCAUUAAUAUGUAUACACUUUGGUACCAUGUCACAUUAACUUUUUUGAUAAAUUGAACUGUAAGUCUCACUAAAUGUCAAAUAUGUUAGUGCGACAGAGUCCUAAAGUGGGUACAUUGUAUUGCUCAUGACUGUACACUGGUUUGCUUCUCAAACGGGAAGCGCCGGUUCGAACCCCGAUACCAGAUUUGCACCAAUGAGUUAUUAAAGUAGUUUUCACUACCACAGUUGUUUCGGCUAUUAUAUACAGUGAUACACCUCACCACCUACUCGCCUUAUAAGAUGUGGAACACAAUAAAUGAUAUAGGUGAGAAUUGGACAAUGGACAUCGUAUUAACAGUGGCUGCAAGUUGUCUUUGAUUACUUGUGGCUCUGCCCACCCCAUUAGGGAUUACAGGCGUGAGUUUAUGUAUGUAUGUAUGUAUGUUGGACAAUGGACCAUUUAUACAUUGUUUUAAGUUUACGCGGUUAUUAUCAUAAUUAAAGCACAUAAUAACGGGUUCUUACCGCGUUUAAAUGGGGAUAUGAUGGGGGUAUGGAUCUACCUACUCCACUCCAAUCUCAUCAGUCAUCCCGUGAUCAUGGCACUUGCAACAGUGUCGAAAUAUCGGGAGUCUCAUAUCCCCAUUUUAAACGCGGUAAGAACCCGUUAUUAUGUGCUUUAAUAAUGGACCAUUUGAGUAGAGGACAUAAUGCGCCCGGCGGAGUUAGCAUUCACAAAACCCCAAAAUGGACCGAAAUAUCCCGAUCUCAUACAUACAAAAUAAAUAAUUCAUUUAUUCGCUUUAAAAGACCCCUUUAAAUAAUUAAACAGAUAUUUCCAAAAUGUGGAACUUUCCAGGCUACGUUCACCAAAAACAAUUAUAGAUGGCGUUGAACGGCUAUACCGUGAUAAUUACCCUACCUAAGUGCCCUAACACCUGCACUAUUAAAGACCUGUACGAAGCCACUGACAAUGCCGUAAGCGUGGCCAAUUAUUGGUCAGCAAAAAAUUAGUUUCGAUCGCCAUCGACUCGCAAAGAAGAAGAUUACCUAUUUUCUCAUUACUCGGGUACAUAAUUAUCCCAAAAUACAAUCUAUUGACAGAAGCAUAUAUAAAAAUAAUUGUUGCUUGACAUUUGGAUCACAUUAUGUAUAGAAUUACGUUGCUACCUAUAUUGCUUCUCUUUAUUUUGAUCAGAAUAAUAAGUGGUGGAUGGAAUCAUUUAUACCACAAAACAAAGAUAAAAGAUGCAUAUGUCUGUUAUCCAAAAAAUUAGAAAGUUAAACGAAGGAAAAUCUGUACAGCGCCAUGUAUAUUGUUUUUCGAGGAACGGCGCCUGGAAAGUCCUUCAUCAAUGGUUAAUAUUCAGUUGCGUAGGCCGAACCGCCCCGAUCUAUGUACAUUAGUAUUAUUUAUUUACUUAGCGCUUAAGUGAAAUCUUAUGAUUCUUAUACAUUAUCUAAAACUUUUAAUUAGUGAGAUUUAUCACUGCUAGCUUUUAUUCAGAUUUUUAUGACAUUUCAAUAUGUUAACAUUAUAAGGAUCAUUCCAGUAAGGUUUAUAAUUUUACGUUCAAUAAUAAUUAUAAUUUGUAUUGUGUAUAUUUAUUUGGAAACUAACAUCUUACUGUGUUCGGCCUUAUAGAUAAUUUUGUAAUAUUAAUAAAACAAUGGGCUUGUAAUAAAUUAUUUUUGUAACUUAUUUUGACUUUUACGAAUUUUGUACUCAAGUUUGCUAGGAUGGAAAUUGACUCGUUCGUGCAAAAAUCAGAUGGUAAAAAAUAACGCUUUAAUUAUAACACUUUCAGAACCUUCUCUGAAUGUAGAGAGGUUGUUUAACCUCUUCAGCCUUCAAACAGUCUCUUCAGCAUUCAUCAAACAUGCUGCAUAAUAUAAACCUUUGCUAAGUUACUCGGGAUCCAAGUGGAGCACCCGCCCUUAGUGCGUACCUGUUCGAUUCUUAGUGACCCAUGUGUGGGUCACGGACGUAUGGAGCUAGUCUGUCGUGACCCCUAUAUGGAUCACUGGACUGUCAACGUGUUAAAAUCCGUGCACUUCUUUCGUUGCGCGAAUUAUUAUUUUAAAUCUAGUUUAUCUUUCGUCUUCGUUUUGUAAUGAAGCGGUAUUUCUUUACUUUGUUUGAUCAAAUACAAUGACAACGUAUUGAGUUAAUUUUCACCUAUGCAAGCGUAUACAUAAAUAGUUUCGCUAUCGACAUAUCUGAAGGCUGCUUUAUACACCGAUAUAGCGCGGAAUCACUCGUGCUGCAAUUUAUAUUUCCAUAUUUGUAUUACGUACUCAUCAGUGUAGAGAUUAGAUAACAGUAUAUCGACUAUCUGUCUUUUUUACUUUCAAUUUUUAUAAUUGAACAUUAAACAAAUAGUAUUAAACAUAAUGCUUUUUAUGAUUUAAAGUAUAACAAGGCGCAAUAGCUUUUUUUCAUAAUCAUGACUAUGGGUUGUCAUCUUACAGAGAUAUUACAGAAAUACAUUAAGAGCCACGCUCUUGUCGGUGUAGCAUUCUCUAUUCUUGUCUAUCAAAGGCCAAUUCUUUGACUUCCUUAUAAGACGUUGGCCUUCUUUUUAAUUUUGUACACUAGAGUACGUAAUACAAUAUGGUGUCUUGUGUGACGCAGUCGUUAACUUUAUUGUGUAAAUAUCCGUACCUCACGCUGAUAAUAUUUUAAAUAAAAUUUAUAAAACACCA